CUCGAAAACAGAGGAGAAAGAAAAAAGCGAGAAGUGUGGAGAAAAUCACACUACUCCACCAUUUUUGGUCUCUCAAAAUUUUUUUGUACGGCAAAUUUCUCCUCAACUGCUCUUUCUUCUUCUAUCUAUAUAUACUCUGAGGAAUAGUGGAGUAUAGUUUUCUCUGUCUAGAAAAGGCGGGAUUGAAAAUGUCGUGAGGCUUUUGCCCUUUAAUGGGGGGCAUCACUUCCAAGAUCUGACUCUCAGCUCGAAGAAGAUCUCCCUCUCAUAAAAAUCACUCUCUGUGCGGUUACCCGAUUCGUUCUGCCUGCUAUCCUCGUCUGCUCUAUUUCAGAUUGACUUGAAGUCGUAAUGGCGUCCAAAGAAAAAUCAAAAUCGAAGAAGUUCGGUUCGACUAAGUCUAAAGCCGCUAAUUAUUCUUCGUACUCAACCACAUCGUCUUCCAAACCGUAUCUGGACACGUCUAUUGAUGGUCAGAGCUCUCCUGCAUCUUCAUCGGUGCGAAGUAAGCCUCACUUUUACUCAGAGACUCUACCUUUGGAUGCUGGGAGAUCCAAAGAAAAUGUAACAGUGACAGUUCGGUUUCGUCCGCUAAGUCCGAGGGAAAUCCAUCAAGGAGAGGAGAUUGCAUGGUAUGCAGAUGGUGAAACUAUCGUGCGGAACGAGCAUAACCCUUCAAUAGCUUAUGCAUACGAUCGAGUAUUUGGCCCUACAACCACAACCCGUAAUGUAUAUGAUGUUGCCGCCCAGCAUGCUGUUAGUGGCGCUAUGGAAGGCAUUAGUGGUACAAUUUUUGCAUACGGGGUGACAAGCAGUGGGAAGACCCACACUAUGCAUGGUGAUCAGAGGUCCCCUGGAAUUAUACCACUGGCAGUGAAAGAUGCUUUCAGCAUCAUCCAAGAGACUCCAAACAGAGAGUUUCUUCUUCGUAUGUCAUACUUGGAAAUCUACAAUGAGGUUAUGAAUGACUUGUUGAACCCAGCAGGACAGAAUUUAAGAAUUAGAGAGGAUUCUCAGGGCAUCUUUGUUGAAGGAAUAAAGGAGGAAGUUGUGCUAUCCCCUGCUCAUGCCCUUUCCCUUAUAGCUGCUGGAGAAGAGCACAGACAUGUGGGGUCCACAAAUUUUAAUUUACUCAGCAGUAGGAGCCAUACGAUAUUUACGCUGACUAUAGAGAGCAGCCCAUGCGGUGAGAAUAGUCAAGGGGAAGCAGUAAGCCUGUCACAACUGAACCUCAUCGAUCUGGCAGGUUCUGAGAGUUCAAAAGCAGAAACUACAGGUGUGAGACGGAAAGAAGGAUCCUAUAUUAAUAAGAGCCUCCUAACGCUUGGAACUGUUAUAUCCAAGUUAACAGAUGGGAGGGCUGCUCAUAUACCAUACAGGGACUCUAAAUUGACAAGACUUCUUCAGUCUUCAUUGAGUGGCCAUGGACGUGUAUCUCUUAUUUGCACUGUCACUCCUUCAUCAAGCAGUUCCGAAGAGACACAUAAUACGCUCAAAUUUGCACACCGUGCCAAACACAUUGAAAUCCAAGCAGCACAAAACAAGAUUAUUGAUGAGAAAUCACUUAUCAAAAAGUACCAAAACGAGAUUCGUUCUUUAAAGGAAGAGUUAGAGCAGUUGAGGAGGGGGAUUGUUAGAGUUCCACAACUGAAAGAUUCUGCAGAAGAAGACCUCUUGCUCUUAAAACGAAAGCUAGAGGAUGGUCAAGUCAAACUGCAAUCACGAUUGGAACAAGAAGAAGAAGCUAAAGCUACUUUGUUAGCCAGAAUUCAACGCUUGACAAAACUAAUUUUGGUCUCCUCAAAAGCAUCGCAAUCAUCAAGAGUACUUCCUCAUAGACCUGGUCAUAGAAGCAGACAUUCCUUUGGUGAAGAGGAGCUUUCAUACCUACCACACAAGAGGCCAGACUUGAUUUUAGAUAAUGACAACAUUGAAUUGUAUGGUUCUCCUGAGGGGAAUGCUGAAACCACUAAUGCUAUGUUGAAGGAGAAAAAGACCCGGAAGCAUGGACUCCUAAACUGGUUGAAGCCACGGAAACGAGAAAGUGGCUUGGGUACUUUGACAAGCACCGGUGAUAAGUCAAGUGGAAUAAAGUCCAUGAGUACACCCUCAACAACCCAAGGAGAAAGUAGCAUCCUCCAUACAGAAGCCAGACUUUCCCAUUCUCUACUUUCAGAAAGCUCUCCAUCUGCAGAACUUUUAUCUGAGGCUAGAGAGGAUAGAGAAGUUCAUGGGGAUAAUUUCCGGGGACAAGAGACACCUCUGGCUAGCAUAAAAUCAAUCGAUCAGAUUGAGCUUUUAAGGGAGCAGAAAAAGAUCUUGUCUGGAGAGGUGGCACUCCAUUCAAGUGCUUUGAAGCGCUUAUCUGAGGCGGCUAAAAGGAACCCCAAGAAGGAUCUUAUUCAUGUGGAGAUGAAAAACUUGAAAGAUGAAAUCAUGGGAAAGAAUGAACAAAUAGCUUUGCUGGAAAAGCAAAUUACUGAUUCCAUUGUCCUUGCUUCACACAAGAAGAUUGAUAAUUUUGAAUUAUCACACUCUGUUUCUGAAUUGAUGGCGCAAUUGAACGAGAAGUCAUUUGAACUUGAGGUUAAAGCUGCAGAUAAUCGUGUAAUUCAAGAGCAGCUGAACCAGAAGAUCAGUGAAUGUGGAGGAUUGCAGAACACAAUUGCCUCCUUAAAGCAGCAGCUCUCUGAUGCACUGGAGUUGAGCAAUUUAAAUACUGCAAUCACUUAUUCGCAACGAUUUACAGAAACAGGGAGCUCGCACGGAGAAGAUGGCUCAGGCAGAGGGUUGCUUUUAGGAGCACAGGCCACGGCUAUUGAAGAACUGAAGCAGACAGUGGGAGAACUCACAGAAUCAAAAGAACAGCUAGAACUUCGAAACCAGAAACUGGCGGAGGAGAGUUCGUAUGCCAAAGGCUUAGCCUCAGCAGCUGCUAUUGAACUCAAGGCAUUAUCAGAAGAAAUUGCCAAGCUUAUGAACCAUAACGAGAGACUGGCUGCCGAGCUGGCCGCAUCUAAGAACUCUCCCACUCAGCGUAGAACUAGCCCUGCGGUCAGAAAUGGCCGGAGAGAUAGUCAUGUUAAGCGCAACGAUCAAGGUGGGCCAGUCUCUGAUAUCAAGAGAGAACUGGCUGCAAGUCGGGAGAAAGAGCUUUCAUACGAAGCUGCUCUAUUAGAGAAGGAUCAGAGAGAGGCUCAGCUUCAAAGAAGGGUUGAGGAAUCCAAGCAAAGAGAAGCUUAUCUCGAAAACGAACUUGCCAACAUGUGGGUUCUUGUGGCAAAGUUGAAGAAAUCCCAUGGUGCCGAAACUGAGGCUUCUGAAUCAACAAGACAGACUCCGCGCGUUGAAGGUUUUGGAAUUUGAUUUGAACCAACGGUAACAGGUAACACUAAUGGAAACGGCUUUAGGAUUUAGAAAAAUGACCCCAUUAUGAACCUCGGCCUUCAGUUUGGUACUGGUUUAGAGAGAGAGAAAGGUGUGCUUAGGGAUUGGUGUGCAUGGUAGGCGAUUCCUGUUUGUGUAUAUAACAAAUGAAAGCUCCUUCCUUGUCGAUUUCCAUUCUUACAUUGUAUACAAAAUUUUUUGUAUUUUUUUUUUUCUCUUUCGUGUAAAUUACACUUUAUCCACUUGCAUGGUGCGAGUUUGAUAUGUUAAUUUGUGAUUUCAAAAGUGAAGUUCUACACAUCUAA